AUGAAUGAUACGGCUAUACGUCCUUUCUCUACAUCAUCCGUGAUAUCACCUUACUCAGCUCUAGAAGCUUUAGCCGGCAGCAAAUCUGAAUCAUACCAAAAUAUACAUUCUGAAUCAUCUCAACGUGGUAUUGACAAUCAUUACCAUCAACAACCUUUAACUCCUAUGGAGGAUGGACAAGAUGGACCUUUUUUAGUCAGAGCUAGAUUUGAUUUUGAAGCUACGGACAACAGUGCACUCUCGUUUUCUGCUGGUGAUCUGAUACAAGUAUUUGCUAGAUUGGAAAGUGGUUGGUGGGAUGGUAUGCUGGAUGGUCAAAGAGGCUGGUUCCCAAGUAAUUACGUCGAUGAUAUAGGUGAAGAGGAUAUCAAACGGUUGGAAGAAGAAGAUGAGAACCACGUUAGAGAGUUAUAUGGUGAUACACCUCGAGGAAGAUUGGCGGAUGAUCAACAAGAUCAGGCUACAGAAGAAGAUAUGUUAAGGAUGGAUGAUGUGUUGAGAGGUGGAUGGGGCUCUUGGGGAGGCGAUACAGGCUUAGACCAAUUAGCAAGAGAAAUGUUAGCUGGUAAUGAUCUUGAUGAAGAUGAAGGUUUGGAUGAUGGAGGAGCCUUCCUUCAAGAAGCUAGAAAGAGAAGAGCCCAGAUGCAAGGUAGUGAAAUAUCUCCAUCUGAGGGAACGGAUGAAUUCGGCGUUUCGAAUAGACGAAGGGAAGAAACAGAUGCUACGAUAAGACCAUCAGCCGCAUCAACGCAUUCAUCUUCCACUCAACAUCCUCCAACGAAAGGAAAGGAUAGAGGGUCAGUACAAGGUACUCCUCAAGAUGCUUGGAUACCUUCAAUCACACCAGAUGGCCAAGUGUACUAUCACAAUACCCAAACGGGAGAAGAUUCAUGGGAAUUGCCUUUGGAAGGAAUGGGUCUGGACGAAGAAGCGGGCUUUCCUCAAGAUGAUAACGACUUCUUCACUAAACCACCCUUACUAUCUGAACCAUCCACUCUGACACCCUCAGCGGACCUUGUAGAAAAUAACGAUUUCCGUCCGCCUCCCAAAGCUUCUUCCGAGAUCCCUUAUCCUUGGGUUGCCAAGCUCAGUGAUGAUGGGAGUGAAUGGUUCUACUAUAAUAGACUUACUGGUCAAUCUCGACGCGACAUUCCCACAACAAAGGGCGACGCUACUUCCAUGACUGAUGUCGGUGUAGGCAUGAAGAGACUCAGUGUUGGAUCUGGAUCAAGACCACUUCGAGCAUCCGUAGAGAUUCAAAGGAAAGCAGUUGAAGAAUGGGAACGCAAAACGGCCGAUGCCCUUCGAGCUGUCAUUCAACCCCAAAUAAAACCAACCAUGGGUAUCUUAAUGGAUAACGUCAAUGAAGCUUUGAGAGGUAUAUUUGAAGCUUCCGUGGCUGGUUCGGCUGCUGAAGAAGAAAUGUCAAGAGCGGAAGAUCUAGGAAGUGAAAGUGGAGUGCUAGCUGCUGUAUUGAGAGAAGAAAGUGCUGUUGAGAUGUUGGUUUCUGCUCAUCAAACUACUUUAUCGGCAAUUCGACAUUUACUUCGUUCUUUCGGGUAUGUAGGACCAUUAGAUAGAAUGGAAGAAUUACCUAGACCAAGCUGGGUAGGUGAUAUGACACUUAUCGGAAGUAUUGGUUUACUCUCUGCCAAUACUCAUGCGGCAGUAACUUCGAAAAGAAUACCAGAAACUGGUUUAUCAAUUUGGGCAGAAGUAAUGAGAUCAGCAAGUAAAGUGAAAGAUGUGAUAGCAAAUUUCCCUAACACAGUACUCUCAACUACUACCCACCCUUCGGAAAUGGAUAAUGCCCCUGGUCAACGGAUGAAUGCUUGGUUGGGAUUCGAUGUCCUAGGUGAACCGUUGAGUGGGAAAUGGGGUUUCGGUCGAAACUCACACCUCGAGCUUAUAGUAUUGGAUCAAUCUUCCGUCGUCGAUUGCCAAAAGAUCAAGACAGAUUUCGACGAUGCCUUCACUGUCUUUACUGCAUCAUCAACAGCGGACAGUGUAAUGGACUUGGUUCGAUUAUUAGAUAAAUUCCAAGAAAUGAUUCAUACUCUGGAUAUAGCAAGUGUGAUUGACGUUGAUGGUGAUAAUGGAGAUUUGGGAAAUGGUAUUAGAGCAAGGGAAGAUGAUUUAAGGGAAUACGAACAUCUGGUCGAUCAAGCUAGACAAGCUAUCCAAGAUUUAGAUAAAUCAACUCGCCAAAUUACAGAAUCUUCAGUCCAACUCAUCCAGAAGGUCGAUUCAGUGGAAAUUGAAUCUGCUGUUGAGCAACUUGCUGAAGCAAUCUCGACUGCUUUUAGAGCUCUACCGACUUUGUUGAUUAUAUCAGGUGAACAAAUAGCUGCUGUAGAUCAAGGUUUGAUACGUGGUCAAAUCGGAAUUAGAUCAAUCAAAUAUUCAUCUCUACGUCCUUUCUCAACUCGACCUACAUCGAUCAUCUCUUCCACAUCAAGAGCAUCGAGACAAUCUUUCGUGGGCACAAGCUCAAGGCGCCAUCGUGUAAGAGGCUUAGAAGAGGAAUUCCUAGAUGCAGAUGAUUAUGGUGAAAUGAGAGAUCAACCUGCUCAAAUGCCCCAAAGUAGCGCUUCAGCAAGUACAACUUCUUUAGCUCCUCAAAGAAGUAGAACGAGUAGUACAACAAGCUUAGCUUAUCAACAAACUGAAAGUGAUAAAGAUAGUGGCAGUCAGAAAGGAAAUAGAACAAGUAUACUCAAGGCUUUCAGAAGGAAUAGAGCAGAUAGCGAUGCCGAUGGCCGAGGAUCUCAACGGAAUAAAACACCAAGUAAGAAAUUGACAAAACUCCUAGGCGAAGAUAUGUCUCAAAUACAGAUCAACCCUACUGUUCCACCACCUCCACCUGCACCGCCAGAAUCACCCUGGUAUCUCUCAGAUGACUUUAUUCCGGGAGAAAUCAUAUUUGAUGAUAAAGGUGGAGUCAAAGCUGGCACACUGACGGCGUUGGUUGUCAGGUUGACACAGCAUAGUUCGACAGAUACACCUUUCUUCCAAGCUUUCCUUCUGACUUUCCGAUCAUUCACAAACGCACAUGAAUUAUUCGAUCACCUCGUGGCACGAUAUAACAUUUCACUGCCAGAAGGUCUCGAUCCCAUACAAGCUCAAGAAUGGAAAGUGAAAAAGCAAGCUCCCAUACGGCUGAGAGUCGCCAACGCUUUGAGAACUUGGCUGGAAAGGCAUUAUAUCGAACAAACCGAUCAUGAGGUCUUGGACCGGAUUGAACAGUUCGCAAAUACCACUUUGCUGGCUAACGGUAGCGAAUUGAUGAGUAAACAGUUACUGACUCUUGUUGGAAAAAGGCGCCAAGGAGAGCCUGAACAAACUCGUGGUUCAGCAUCUGGAUCAUUACUUUCACCACCUGCACCGCUACUACCCCGUGUUGCAGGACGUCAAUUACGACUCACGGAUGUAUCACCACUUGAAAUCGCUCGACAAUUGACGAUAGUCGAAUUCGUGCAUUUCCAACGUAUCAAACCCUCUGAAUGUCUGAACCGUGCUUGGGCAGACGAGAAUGGUGGUUCCACCAACGCGCCAAACGUUAGGAAUGUCAUUCUCACAGCUAAUAGGAUGGCAGGAUGGGUGGCUCUACACAUCCUAAGUUCGAAAGAUGUAAGACAAAGAGCCACCGCUAUGAAGAUCCUUAUUCAAGUUGCUGUGGAAUGCCGGAAUUUGAACAAUUUCUCUUCAAUGGCAGGAAUAGUCGCAGGACUCAAUUCAGCUCCCAUCACAAGGCUAAAAAGGACAAAAGAGCUUUUGAGCGCCAAAACACAAACUAUGAAAUCAGAUUUGGAUAAAACACUGGAUUCAACAAAGAAUUUCGCGAAUUAUAGAGAUAUGCUGAAAACCAUCAAUCCACCUUGUGUCCCUUUCUUCGGAUUCUACCUGUCUGCUUUGACAUUCAUCGAAGAUGGAAAUAAGAAUUUUAUCCAACCUGGAGGACCUAAUUCUUCUGGGGGACAGCUUAGGGGAUUAUCAACAUCCAACUCAUCUUCUUCGUUAUCAACCAAUCUCAAUCCAAAUAGACCAUUACAAUCGUCCACAUCCACGUCUUCGAAUACUACUUCAUCAGCAAACAAUGUCGUACCUACUCAACCUUUGAUCAAUUUCUUCAAGAGAGCUCUAAAUGCAGAGAUUCUGAGAGAUAUAGCGCAAUAUCAAUCACAACCGUACAAUCUAGCAAGAUGCAAACCUGUCCUAGAUUGGAUAAUGAGAGGUUUGGAUGAAGUUGAAAAAGGUGGUGAUCUCUAUGAAGUCAGUCAAGCUUUAGAACCAAGAGAAAAAGAAGAAGAAAGAAUAACUAGAAUGUUACAUGAUAGUCCACGAAAUAUUAAACACCAUAAAGGAGGAACAUUCCUGAACGUCGGUAACGUCUAUGGCGGACUCUGA